AUAUUGCCUGCUUGCAGCUAGAUGACAGCCGCGUGCAUUUUAGCCCGGAACCGGUCAUGCGCGUCAGAUAGACAGAAAGGUUGCACGCUGCAGUAAGUUUCACUACUUCCUAUUGAGAUGAGAUGACAUCAUGGAAUGCGGCGCUGCGACUGAGCGUUGAUGAGACUAUUUGCAGCUCUUCUGGUUGGGGCUGCCUCCGACUGCAGCCAUUGGAAACACCAGGAGCAGGUGUGGAGCUCCUUGGCGCCUGCGGCACAGCACGGGCCUGUCACGCUGCAGAACGUGAGCGAGCUAUCCUCUGCUGUUAAAAAGCUCAACGGCUGGCAACUCUACUUCUCUGAAGUUGCAAUCAUUGAUGGGGGCAUUUGGCUGCGACAAACCGGAGUUCGCAUGGGUGGUUGGCUGGCUGCCACUCUGAGACUUGUUCGGGAGGUAGCCUCGUCCGUGCCGAAUGUCCUUUUCGUUCUGUCCGUGCACGAUGAAGCUCACUUGGAGCGAACGCGCUUUAAGCCACUGCCGCUUCUGUCGGCGUUGACGACUGCGGCACAUUGGGACAUCCCGGUGCCAGGCCAGACCUGGUUCGAGACCUCGGGGGGCGUGUCUUCUCAAGGAGCCGACCAAGACUUUGGGCUUUGGGAGUCCAAGCAGUGGCAAAAGCAGCUUGAGACGAAGUAUCCCUGGGAGAACCGCACCCAGCGGGCCUUCUUCCGGGGUCAUGAUUGGAGUGCCUCGAAUGCCUUCACCGAGCUGUUGCCUACGAGACCUGCAGAGCAUUGCAUCAAGCAGCAUGACAUAUCGAUGUCCUUUGGAUACCGAAGAUGGUACGCGGAGCUGUCGCACGGUCCGCUGAAGGACGUUCUGGAUGUUGGCCUCACUGGCGCGCCAGAUUUUGUGAAAGCGCAGAACCCACAACAGGUGUAUGUAAGGCCUGUGCCGCUUCCGGAUCAUGCCAAGCACAAGUACUUGCUGCACUUGGAUGGGACAGCAGCCAGCAACCGACUCUUGAAGCUGCUCCUCAUGGGCUCAGUGGUCUUGAAGCAGGAUUCAAUCUAUGAGGAGUACUUCUACAAGGAUCUGAAGCCUUGGGUGCACUUUGUGCCCAUCGCAAGGGACCGUUGCAGCACUGACAAUCUGACAGCCACGGUGCAAUGGCUGCGAGAACAUGACAAGGAUGCCAAGCGCAUCGCCAAGGCAGGGCAGCGCUACGCGAGCCAACAUCUCUCCAGGGCGCCAGCUGCGUGCUACUGGCAGAGAGUGUUGAGCAGCUAUGCGGCUUUGCAAGCCUUCGACCCUCGCUUGCUGAACCUCUCUGAGUGGUGGCAGUGGCGGACGUGA